CUCCUCUCCAACCUUAAUAUCUCGUAUGUCGCUCCACAAAUCCGCCAUCUCAAUCUAUCUUUAAUCGUCUGAGAGUUUCAAGCCAAUUAAUGUCCCAUUUUUCAUAAAAAAUGCCGAUUUUGUUCAUUGUUAUGUGGUUGUUCGAAUUUUGCUUCUCUACUAUUUGAGCAUGAUACCCGUCAAUCUCAAUUGUACAUGGAGCAAUGUUUUAGUGGCAGUUGUUUUGGCCGACCCCAAAUAGUUGGAAAAGGCUCUGAUGAUGAUGACGAUGAUCUGUAAUUCUUUGUAAGAGCCUUGCUUUUUAUUCAACACUGUUUGGCUUCUUUUUAGCACUGAUCUGUAAUUCUUUAUAAGAGCCUUUGCUUUUUAUUCAACACAGAUUGGCUUAUUUUUAGCACUGUGACCGUGAGGCUGGUAUUGGACGAGGUUGACAUUUUAAUUGUUGCAAGUGUUAUUUCUCUUUUGCGGAAGCCAUCAGUUAUAAUUGAGCCAUUCUCCUUUAGCUGGCUCCGAAGGAAAUGAAAUUGGAAGAGAAAAACAAAAGGAAGAAACUGAAGAAUGUGGCCAAGUUUUAUGCUGGUUACUCACCUAACACAACUCUUCUCCUUUCUCCGAGCAUGGGGCCGGAAUGAUUGACUUGGGACUGGCCAUGGCAAAGUUAAAAAACAAAAUGAAAAAAAUUAAGAAACACAUCUGAAGUUCUGAACUUUUGACCUCGAGGAAAAGGUGAUGGUAGUGCUAGCAUUGACGAGGCAAUGGACAUGGUUUAUUUAGCUCAAGCCAUUGAAUUCCGGAUAAUUAUGGGCUGCGAUGGCUUCCAAUAUGGCAGGAUGUAUUUGAAUGCAGUCCCAAAAACUUACUUUUCCAUGAUUGGAUCAAAACAAUGGAGAUAUUAUGAUCAUGGUCCAAAGGUUGUGCCUCCACUUAUUUGUCUACCGGGCACAGCAGGAACUGCUGAUGUGUACUACAAGCAAAUCAUGUCAUUGUCAAUAAAGGGUUAUCGUGUAAUUUCUGUGGAUAUACCUCGUGUAUGGAAUUACCAAGAAUGGGUUCAUUCAUUUGAGAAGUUUCUGGAUGCAAUUGAUAUUCACCAUGUUCAUCUCUAUGGCACAUCACUUGGAGGGUUCCUGGCACAACUCUUUGCUCAACAUCGUCCUAGACGUGUUCGAUCAUUGGUGCUUUCAAACUCAUUUCUAGAAACUCACCGUUUUGCAGCUGCUAUGCCAUGGUCAUCCAUUGUUAGUUGGACACCAUCAUUUUUGUUGAAGCGGUACAUUUUAACAGGGAUUCGUGAUGGACCACAUGAACCAUUUAUUGCGGAUUCUGUAGAUUUUGUAGUAUGCCAGCUUGAGACACUGUCAAGAGAGGACCUGGCCUCAAGGUUGACUCUAAACUCUGGAGCGGCUUCAGUUGGGCGCCUGACUCUGUCAGAUUCAUUCAUCACUAUAAUGGAUACAAAUGAUUACUGUGCUAUUCCUCAAGAACUGAAGGAUCAGGUGGGAGAACGGUAUCCAGGUGCAAGGCGUGCAAUCCUGAAGACAGGAGGCGAUUUUCCAUUUCUUUCACGCCCGGAUGAGGUCAACCUACACCUUCAGCUGCAUAUGAGACGGGUUGGAGUGGAAGGACAGCCUGACUUGGUUAAAGGCAUGUCAUCGGGUAGUUCCGGAAGUGCGCCACCCAAAGAGGAUGACAACAACAUGGGCGACAAAAAGAAAGAUGAUGAUGUCAAUGACCCUUCUGCAGGAAGUGGAGGCGGCUCUCAAAGUAGCGAUGCUCCAAAUCCUCCUCUUAGCCCUCCCGAUUCGGACCCUGAAACUCAUGACUUGGACGUACAACAUGCCUCACCUGGUACCUGUAGCAGUACAACAGCAUGCACUCCUUCCAUCAUGGCACAAGUAGCCGUCCCCGCUUGGCUGCUUCAAGUACAUGUUGUGGGGGAGGAAAAGCAAUUCAUUAUGGUUCACAUUGCGGCAGUGCCUCUAGUCUCUUUCAUCAUCAAUUUAUAUGUGAGGCUGCAGUUAUACUUUACUUUGAGCCUUUGUUGACAGUGUAGAAAUUGGAUAGUUAAACGGUCUUGUAAAGUGAAAUCCUUGGUUAUCUUUUCUCCACCACCUCAACUCAUAGCUUGGAAUAGUUCUUUGAUCUAAAUGUUGAUAUAUGUGCCGAGAUUUCUUUCGUGGCUUGCAUUAA